GAGGAGGAGGAGGAGGACUGGUACCGUGGUUCCUGCAGGGGGCAGCGGCGUGGCCGAGCCCCGCCCGCCGUGCAGCCGCCAUCGCCUUCCCCCGCAACGCUGCGCCCCCCGCGGGGUCCGCCCGCCCCUCGGCGGCGCCUCCGCCGCCGCGCCCCGGGGCCCGGGGCUGCUCCGUGCCGCAUGGCAGCCAUGCCCUGCUCCCAACCGUCCCCCAGCAAGAGGCACAUGAGCUCGGCGCCCGGGGAGCCCUCCGCGAGGCUCCGCUUCACCAAGCUCUCCGAGAACGCUUUCGCUCCCUCCAGGGGCUCCGCUCGAGCCGCGGGCUACGACUUGUACAGUGCCUACGACUGUGUGAUACCACCUAUGGAAAAGGCUGUAGUGAAAACAGACAUUCAAAUUGCCCUUCCUUCUGGUUGCUAUGGCCGAGUAGCACCGCGUUCUGGCUUAGCUGCAAAGCACUUCAUAGAUGUUGGUGCUGGUGUUAUUGAUGAAGAUUACAGGGGAAACAUUGGUGUGGUACUCUUCAACUUUGGCAAGGAGACUUUUGAAGUUAAGAAAGGGGAUAGGAUUGCCCAGCUCAUCUGCGAACGCAUUUUCUAUCCUGAGCUAGAAGAAGUUCAAGCUCUAGAUGAUACAGAACGUGGUGAAGGUGGCUUUGGUUCUACAGGAAAGAACUGAAAAUUAUUUUAAUAUGCUUUCUGUGUUGUUGCUUUUUUGUUACUCCUAAAUUUUCAUUUGAGUUAGGAGUGGAAUUUAGAUGUACAUAAAAAUAAUCUCAAGUUUUAUACAACAUUUCUGUACUUGUUCUCCUUUUUAUGUUUAUAGGCAGUUAAUUCAGCUGCAUUAUGGGGGAAAUGUGCAUGAAUGACUUGAUCGAUUGGUUGAUGAUUUAUUUUUUGUAGCUUUUUGGUCCUCAGUAAUAAGUACUUGUUUGUGCUGAUUAUACUGCAAUAAAUUUAAAAAUAAUUUAACAA